AUGGUGGCGACUGUUUUAAUGGUCGCUGAGAAGCCCUCCAUCGCACAGACGCUGGCCGAUGCGCUUUCACCUGGCCAUAAAUACACCACUCGCACAGGGGUGUCACCGGCCUGCAAAGUCUUUGAGUACGAGGGCGACUUCUACGGACAGCGUGCUUGGUUCAAAGUCACAAGCUGUGCCGGUCAUGUGUAUUCCAUUGAUUUUCCACCAGAAUACAACAACUGGGACAGGGUGGAUCCUUUGACCCUUUUUGGUGCUCCAACUGUCAAGAUGGAAGCGAAUCCCAAAUUGAGGAUGCCGAAGCACUUCCAGACGGAGGCGAAAGGGUGUGCAUACCUGGUGCUGUGGUUGGACUGCGAUCGAGAAGGGGAGAACAUCUGCUUUGAGGUGAUGGAAAAUGCCGUGCCAUAUUUGUCUUCUGCCGGUGGCCAGCAGCAAGUUUGGCGAGCUCAGUUCUCGUCAUUGGCUCCUGUGGACCUUAAACGGGCAAUGGCGAGCCUGGGGUCUCCAAACAAAGACAUGUCAGACUCAGUCGAUGCUCGCGCGGAGAUGGAUUUGAAGCUCGGUUGCGCCUUCACCCGUUUCCAGACCAAGUAUUUCCAAGGCAAGUACGGCGAUCUUGACACCAAUCUGGUCUCAUAUGGUCCGUGCCAGACGCCGACUCUUUGGUUUUGCGUUCGACGCAGUGACGAAAUCAAUUCCUUCCAGCCAGAAAGCUACUACACGAUUGAUGUUGCAAUCUUGAAGGCCGGCAGAGACCUGGAUUUGCAGUGGGAUCGUGGACAGGUCUUUGAUAUGCCCAUAGCCAGUAUGUUCAUGAACCUGAUUCAAGACAAUGCCAGAGCCGUGGUGACAGAGAUUUCCCAGAAAGAGGACAGGAUGGCGCGCCCACAGGCCUUGAACACUGUUGCAAUGCUGAAAAUGGCGAGCACGAGGCUUGGCCUUGGACCGCAGCAGGCGAUGCACAUGGCGGAGCGAUUGUACUUGGAUGGCUACCUGACGUACCCACGCACGGAAACCAACACAUAUCCCAAGAACUUCGACUUGCAGGGGGCUGUUCGAGCACAAGCCGGGCAUCACACCUGGGGUGCAUACUCUCAAGAUCUCCUUUCAAGAGGACUCGCCAAAGCGCGGGAAGGUGUUGACAUGGGUGACCACCCGCCCAUCACCCCGGUGCGCGCGGCAUCUGAAAGCCAGCUCGGAGAUGCUUAUCGCUUAUAUGAGAUGAUCACGCGACACUUCUUGGCCACUGUCAGUGCCGACUGCAAGUUUCUGCGAACACGAGUUAACUUUGACAUAAACGGCGAAGGCUUCUCGCUCUCGGGCCGCAAAGUCAUUGACCCUGGAUUCACGGCCAUCCAGCGCAGUGGUGAGAUGGAGGAUGUCGUUAUCCCUGACUUCAGUAGGGGAGAGGCAGUUGAAGUGAAAAAGGUUUCCAUGGGAAGCCACAAGACUCGUCCUCCACCGUACCUCUCGGAAUCUGACCUGCUCUCGCUAAUGGAGAAGCAUGGGAUUGGAACAGAUGCAUCCAUGGCAACACAUAUCAACAACAUCUGCGAGCGAAACUACGUUAAGCUUGCAGACGGACGACGUUUGAUCCCAACGCAGCUGGGGAUCGCCCUUGUGCAUGGGUAUCAGAUGGUGGACAAUGAGUUGGUCAUUCCCAAGGUGCGUGCAAACAUGGAGAAGAACUGCACGCUGGUAGCGGAGGGCAAAGCUGAAGUUAUGCCCGUUGUUCAGCACUGUCUACGACUCUUUCGCGACAAAUUCAUUUAUUAUGUUGCGAAUGUCGAUCUUGUGGACCAGCUGUUCGAGACCAUAUUCAAGUCCUUGGAGGCUGCAGGCCGGCCGCUUUCCAGGUGCGGGGAUUGUCAGAGGUAUCUAUCAGUGGUGGACAGGAAGCCGGUACGGAUGUUCUGCAAAACGUGCAAUCGAAUUUUCAAAAUGCCUCAGAACGGGCAGAUGAAGCUCUACAAGGAGCUUAAAUGUCCCCUGGACAACUUCGAGUUGGUCUUCGUUUCCAACAAGGUGGGCAAGAGCUACCCAAUCUGUCCGAUGUGCUACGAUGAUCCUCCGUUCGGUGCAAGAGAGGAGCAAGGCAAACAUUGGAAUCUGGAUCAUCCCAUUUACAAAAAGUAUCGCCCAGCAGUCAUGUCGUGCAUCGCCGACAACUGUUCUGGAACUCUCUGCUUAGACGUGGACUCCGGACCAAAGUGGCAAAUCGAUUGCAACGUCUGCUUGCAGCAGCUGGCAAUUUUCGAGGACAAGGCGCACAAGAUCAAGGUCACAAGUGACCACUGCGAGGAGUGUUCGUCUGUUCUGCUUGAAGUCGUGUUCAGCAAGGGCAAGUCACCGCUGCCGGACGGCCAGAUGGAAAAGAAGGCCUGCCUGGUUUGUGACGAGGUGUUCAACGCGCACACAGUCUCGAAAACAGGAAAGAACUUCUUCCGGCGGAACCCUGGCAAGGGAAAGGGCAAGGGUAAGGGAAAGAAAGGUAAGGGAAAGAGCAAAGGAAUGUCGGAGGAGGACAAGGCGGAACAACGAGGAAGGGAGCUUGCGAGGCAGAAGAAGUGA